AUGUCCGCCGUCACUGCGCCGCGCAAACCUGCAGCGCGUCUUCCACGUCCCGCUGCUCGAUAUUGGAAAGGCAAGGCCCCGAAGGGCGCGGGGGAGGAGCCCUCGGACGAGUCUGAAUAUGAGGAGGAGGAGGCGCAGGAGCCCGAGGAGGAGGGAGAUGUGCUGAUUCAGGACAUUACAACCGAAGAGGUGGAGGAAGAGGAGAGAUUAGAGGUGAGGAAGGAGAGGGCUGGGGCGAAGGCAAAGGGGAUUAGUGUUGCGUUGAGGGAUGUGAAUAUCUCGAAGGAGGGGCAUGUGAUUGUUGCUGGGAAGGAGGAGGUUGGAAGGACCGAGAUUGAGGAAGUAGAGGAAGAGGAGGAAGAGGAAGAAGAGGUAUUCCUCAUUAUGCAGUCUAGCGAGGAAGAAUCAGAAGAAGAGUCCGAAGAAGAGCAGCGGAAGUUCCAAUUACGACCCGUAUUUGUGCCAAAACGCGCACGGAUUACAAUAGUAGAAAGAGAGGCUAUGGCAGAGGAUACCGAGGAGGCACUUCGAAAGAAGGAACUCGAGGCUGAAGAGCGCAAGCAGCAAAGUCACAACAUGGUAGCUGAGAGCAUCCGGCGGGAGCUCCUCGAAAAGGAGAAGGAAGAACAAGUUCCUGAUGUCGAUGACACGGACGGCUUGGACCCGGAGGGAGAGUUUGAGGCGUGGCGUUUGCGCGAACUUGCCCGCAUCAAGCGCGACAAGGAGGCGGCACUCGCUCUCGAGCUGGAGAGAGAGGAGAUCGAGAGACGGAGAGCUCUGCCAGAGGAGCAGCGUUUGAGAGAGGACCUGGAGCGUGCGGAGAAGACCAGGAAGGAGAAGCCGAAGGGGCAGCAGAAGUUCUUGCAAAAGUAUUGGCACAAGGGCGCAUUCCACCAGGACGAGGAGAUCUCGAUGCGGCACGAUUUCACUGAGGCGACCGAGUCGACGGUGGACGUUUCGCUGCUGCCCAAGGUCAUGCAAGUGAAGAACUUCGGCAAGCGUUCACGUACGAAGUACACGCACUUGCUCGAUCAAGACACCACAGUCGUCUCGGGCGGAUUUGGCGGAACGGCGCCUGUCAAAGCGGGCGGGAUGGGUACCACGGGAGGCGGCUGCUUUAUCUGCGGGGGUCCACACUUGAAGAAAGAUUGUCCACAGGCCAAGGACCUUCCACCCAACAAGAUAGGCACCGGAGCCAAUGCGGGCGCAGGAGGGCCGAGAGGGUGGGGUGCGCGGGGAGACAAGGACGAAUCACGCGGUUCAUGGCGCGAUCGCGACGACGGAAGGAGAGCAAAUGGGGACGAACACAAUGGGCGGAGAGCGGAUGACAGGGACCGCUACCGGGAUAGAGAGCGAGGCAAGUGGGACGAGCGGGAGCGAAGGGGUGGUUAUGACCGCGAUCGGGACAGGUAUGCGAGUGAGCGCAGGCAGAGAUCGUACUCUCGUUCAAGAUCGCGCUCGCCACCUAGGAGGGAACGAUGGCGGGAUGAGGACAGACGUGAAAGGCGCCGUUUGAGGGAACGUUCGGUCGAUGCGGAGAAUGAUCAUGCUGAUAAGCGGAGGCGCGUGGACUGA